UGACUGCAAGAUCGCGCUUCUGAGUGCAAGGCACCGGCGGAUCGGUCAGCCCAGCUGCAUGUCACCGCCGCCGCCGCCGCAGGGGGUCGUCAAGCCGGAGCCGGAUCCGUUGAUCACUCUCAAGGUUGCGGACCAGGAGGGUCGCAGGGCCUUCCACACCAUGAGGAUGUCAGACAGGCUGGACGUGACCUACGGCACCGGGACCUUCAUGUUCGACGGAUCCAUCCGGCUGCUGGGCUUCAAGACGGCGGCGGAGCUCGAUCUGGAAGAUGGCGACGAGAUCGAUUUCUUCGCGGCCAUGGUGGGGGGCGGAUGGGACGACGGUGCCUGAUCGAUUGAUCUGCUGAUCGAUGGCUCCGCGGCGCCUGUACGUCGCAGAAGUCCUUAUGUACGUAAUCAU